ACGCGCACUGCCGCUGGGCAGGGAGAUCCCGGGUUCUGGACACUGAGUGCCGGGGUUCGUUUCCGCUGCCUCCGGUUUUCCGAGAGCGGGCGCUGCUUUCGCGCUUCCGCUAGACCCCCGCGGCCCCCGGCGGGGACGGGGGUUUCGGAGCUGCGGUGCCGGAGCGAGCGUCUCUUCUUCCUCCCACUCGGGCGGAGGCUUUGUCGCUGCGGGCCGGGCCCCAGGACGCUCCCAAUGGCCGGGCAGCGGGUGGAGGUGGAUGGCGGGAUCAUGGAAGGGGGCGGCCAGAUCCUGAGGGUGUCUACAGCCCUGAGCUGUCUUUUGGGCCUCCCCUUGCGGGUGCAGAAAAUUCGAGCCGGCCGCAGUACGCCAGGCCUCAGGCCUCAACAUUUAUCUGGACUGGAAAUGAUUCGAGAUUUGUGUGAUGGGCAACUGGAGGGGGCAGAAAUCGGCUCAACAGAAAUAAUGUUUACACCGGAGAAGAUUAAAGGUGGAGUCCACACAGCAGAUACCAAGACAGCAGGGAGUGUGUGCCUCUUGAUGCAGGUCUCAAUGCCCUGUGUUCUCUUUGCUGCUUCUCCAUCAGAACUUCGUUUAAAAGGUGGAACUAAUGCUGAAAUGGCACCACAGAUUGAUUACACAGCCAUGGUUUUCAAACCAAUUGUGGAAAAAUUUGGUUUCCAAUUUAAUUGUGAUAUUAAAAUGAGGGGCUACUACCCAAAAGGGGGUGGUGAAGUGAUUGUCCGAAUGUCACCUGUUAAACAGUUGAACCCAAUAAAUUUAACGGACCGUGGCUCUGUGACUAAGAUAUAUGGAAGAGCUUUUGUUGCUGGUGUUUUGCCAUUUAAAGUGGCAAAAGAUAUGGCGGCGGCAGCUGUAAGAUGCAUCAGAAAGGAGAUUAGGGAUCUGUAUGUUAACAUCCAGCCUGUUCAGGAACCUAAAGACCAAGCCUUUGGCAAUGGAAAUGGGAUAAUCAUUAUUGCUGAGACAUCUACUGGCUGUUUGUUUGCUGGAUCAUCGCUUGGUAAACGAGGUGUAAAUGCAGACAAGGUUGGAAUUGAAGCUGCUGAAAUGCUGUUAGCAAAUCUUAGACAUGGUGGUGCUGUGGAUGAGUAUCUGCAAGACCAGCUGAUCAUUUUCAUGGCAUUAGCCUGUGGAGUUUCCAGAAUAAAAACAGGACCAGUUACACUCCAUACACAAACGGCUAUACAUUUUGCUGAACAACUAGCAAAGGCUAAAUUCUCUGUGAAGAAAUCAGAAGAUGAAGACGAUGCCUCUAAAGACACUUAUAUUAUUGAGUGCCAAGGAAUUGGGAUGACAAAUCCAUAUCUAUAGGGUAUUUGCCUUUUAAAUAAUACCUCAAUGAUAUAUUGCACUAAUUCAUUUCAUAAAUAUUACACAGCAGUGAAUAAGCAGUAACUUAUUAAAGGACCUGACUUAAAUUUGGAGAUGAAGUACAGAGUGUUAUAGAUUUGCUGAGAAUGCUUCAUCUAAUUAAUCUCACUUUGACUAUCUCCUGAGAUAAAGACAAUGAAAUACAAGAGUUGAUGGAUAUGUAUGAUAGCUGAUUUCAGUAUUAAAGUAUGGAAAUAGAGUAUUUUUUCUAC